GAAGGUGAUAGGUAUUUUCUUUCUGACAAAAGGACAUAAAAUGAUUAAAGAAUACUCUGAUAGUGAUGGGGAUAGUGAUACUGAAGCAUUUUAUCAAACGCUUUGUUGACAGUACUGAUGGUGUUGCUUUAAUUGCUUUUAGCAGACAAAACACGAAAAUUUGACAGCUGUUUCCACAAGAAAAUCGCAAGAAAUUUCGUGAUUCAAAGAAAAGAAAGUAUCUUUGUCCUGUUUAACAAUAUAUUUAGCUACAAGAAUAACUCUUGUAUCCCUAGAUAUCGAUAAACUCUGCAAACUAUCACACACCAAAUUUUUUUUCUUUUUUUCAAUGGCUACUUCUUUGUCCACUUCCCAUACUACCCAUCAAUGGAAAUAUGAUGUUUUCUUGAGUUUUAGAGGUGAAGAUACUCGUGACAACUUUACAAGUCAUCUUUUUGCUGCUUUAUCUCGGAAGUCGGUCAUCACUUUCAUGGACAACAAUGAUCUUCAUGUAGGAGAAGAAAUAACUCCAGCAAUUUCAAAAGCAAUUGAAGAGUCGAAAAUUGCAAUCGUUAUUUUCUCAGAAAGGUAUGCUUUUUCCAGAUGGUGUUUAAAUGAAAUUGUAAGGAUAAUUGAAUGCAAAGAGACUUGUGGGCAAUUGGUAUUGCCAGUAUUCUAUCAUGUGGGUCCAUCAGAUGUUAGUGUUUUUGCUGAAGCAUUUCCAAGCUAUGAUCAGUUUGAGAAAGUGCAGAAGUGGAAGAAUGCCUUGUCCAAAGCAGCCAAUUUGUCUGCAUUCGAUUCUCGUGUUACUAGGCCGGAGUCCAAACUUGUUGAUGAAAUUGUCAUGUAUACUUUGAAACAACUGAAACAAUCAUAUUCAAGUGAUGUAGUAGAGGGCAUUGUGGGAGUAGAUUCACGGAUUGAGCAAAUCAAAGAAUUAUUGUCUAUUGGGUCGGUAGAUGUCCGCUUUCUAGGAAUUUGGGGUAUGGGAGGUAUAGGGAAAACAACUCUUGCUGAAGCUGUCUUUUACCAAAUUGCAUAUCAAUUUGAAGGAUCCUGCUUUCUUGCAAAUGUUAGGGGAAAUUUUGAAAAGAAUGGGGGACUAGCCCGUUUACAAGAGGAACUUCUUUCUAAGACAUUGGAGAAAAGAGAUUUCAAGAUCGAUACGCCCAAUAUUGGAUACUCUUUUUGGGUUAAGCAGAUGCUUAAGCAUAGAAGGGUUUUAAUUGUUGUUGAUGAUGCGAAUGAUUCAGAACAACUAGACUUACUAGUUGGAAGCCAUGAUUGGUUUGGUCCAGGAAGUAGAAUUAUUGUAACAAGUAGAGAUAAACAAGUACUUACCAAAAUAGUAGAUGAUAUAUAUGAAGUCAAAGAAUUAGUUCAUCAUGAAGCUCUUCAACUUUUUAACCAGACCACCUUCAAGAAAAAAUGUGUCCCAGAAGAUUACAGCUAUCUAUCAGAUUUGGUCAUAGAAUAUGCUAAGGGUGUUCCUUUGGCUCUUAAAGUUUUGGGUUCCUUUCUAUUUGGCAAGAGCAAAACAGAAUGGGAAAGUGCAUUAGACAAAUUAAAAAAAGCUCCUCAUAGAGCCACUCAAAAUGUUCUGAAAAUUAGUUAUGAUGGCCUUGAUGCAGAAGAGAAGAAUAUUUUUCUUGACAUUGCAUGUUUUUUCAGAGGCGAAAGCGUGGAAAUGGUAACAAAGAUAUUAGAUGGAUGUGGCUUCUCAACAAAGAUUGGAUUGUGUCUUCUGGUUGAUAAAUCUCUCAUAACUAUUUUAAAUGAUAAAGUAGAAAUGCAUGAUUUGUUGCAAGAAAUGGGCAAGGAGAUUGUUCUCCAAGAAUCUAAACAGCCAAGCCAACGCACUAGAUUAUGGAAUCAUGAAGACAUUCUACAUGUAUUCUCAAGAAAUUUGGGAACUGAAACAAUUGAAGGUAUGUGCCUUAACACGUCUAUGAUAAACAAGAUUGAACUGAAUUCAAAUGCCUUCGGGAGAAUGUAUAAUCUAAGAUUUCUCAAAUUCUACCAAUCUUAUAUCCACGGUGGUUUUAAAGAAUGUACUAAGAUACGCCUCCCGCAAGGACUGGACUCUCUUUCUAAUGAGCUAAGAUAUUUACAUUGGCACGGAUACCCAUUGAAAUCUUUGCCUGCUCGUAUCCACCUGAUGAACCUUGUUGUCCUUGUCCUGCCUUAUAGCAAAGUAAAACGACUUUGGAAAGGAUGCAAGGAUCUUAAGAAGUUAAAAGUGAUUGAUCUUAGUUACUCGCAAGCAUUAAUAAGAAUUACAGAGCUAACAACAGCCAGUAAUCUUAGUUACAUGAAACUAUCCGGCUGCAAGAACCUUAGAAGUAUGCCAAGUACCACUCGUUGGAAAUCUCUUAGCACUCUAGAAAUGAAUUAUUGCACUAAGCUUGAGAGUCUUCCAAGCAGCAUUUGCAAGUUAAAAUCUCUUGAAAGCCUUAGUUUAUGUGGCUGCUCAAAUCUGCAGAGUUUCCCAGAAAUCUUGGAGAGUAUGGAUCGUUUGAAGGUACUUGUCUUAAAUGGAACAGCCAUUAAAGAGCUACCAUCCUCUAUUGAGCGUCUGAAAGGGCUUUCCUCAAUAUAUUUAGAAAAUUGCAGAAAUCUUGCUCAUCUUCCAGAAAGCUUUUGUAAUUUGAAGGCUCUCUACUGGCUAUUUCUCACUUUUUGCCCUAAACUUGAAAAGCUUCCGGAGAAGCUCUCAAAUUUGACAACUUUAGAGGACCUCUCAGUCGGCGUAUGUAAUCUAUUGAAAUUGCCUUCUCAUAUGAACCAUUUGUCCUGUAUAUCAAAGCUUGAUCUAAGUGGAAACUAUUUUGAUCAACUGCCAAGCUUCAAAUACCUUCUUAAUUUGCGUUGUCUUGACAUAAGUUCCUGUAGGAGACUUCGAUCUUUACCGGAGGUUCCACAUUCUCUGACAGAUAUAGAUGCACAUGAUUGCAGAUCCUUGGAAACAAUCUCUGGCCUCAAACAGAUUUUUCAGUUGAAAUAUACUCAUACGUUCUAUGAUAAAAAGAUUAUAUUUACUAGUUGCUUCAAAAUGGACGAAAGUGCUUGGAGUGAUUUUCUGGCAGAUGCACAGUUUUGGAUUCAGAAAGUAGCAAUGAGAGCAAAAGAUGAGGAAUCCUUUAGCAUCUGGUAUCCUGGAAGUAAAAUUCCUAAGUGGUUCGGAUAUCAAAGCGAGGGAAGUUCGAUCGUGAUCCAGUUGCAUCCACGUUCUCAUAAGCAUAACCUCUUGGGAUUCACUCUAUGUGUUGUUCUGGCAUUUGAGGAUGAAUUUGAAUAUCACAACAGUUUCUUUGAUGUUCUUUGUGUCUAUCAACUUAAAAACUAUCGUGGUGAAUAUACUGAUUGCAAAGAAGUUUAUAGCAGUAGAACUCAUGUAUCAGGGAAGAACAAGUAUGUUGGAUCAGACCAUGUGAUUCUUUUCUACGAUCCCAAUUUCUCUUCUACAGAGGCCAAUGAGUUAUCCUACAAUGAAGCCUCAUUUGAAUUCUACUGGCAAAAUAACGAGAGCUGCUGUAUGCAAUCUAGCAUGGUGAAAAAGUGUGCCGCCAUUCCUCUAUAUUCCCGAGAGGAAGAGUGUUGCAACCGACUCGAAGGGCCAAUAGAGAUUGGGAUAAACCCUAUGGAAGAAGAAGCUAUUGAUCACAAGAGAUACUGGGAUGGUAGUGAGAGCUCUGAUGAAGAGAGAGAAGAUAGAUAUCCAAAAAAACUGAAACUAAUGGAUGGUAUGAUUGUUCCAUCAUAGCAUGAAGAAAGGAACUGAUAUGUUCCAACUCGUGUUCCUCCUGCGGUGAACACCUUGGACCUCUAUAAGCAGAGCAUUUGGCUGCUGUGAGUUCCUUUAUAAACUACACGCUUUAAAUUCUUUUGUUUCCAAAAUAUAACUUUUUAAGUAUCUAGCAUCAUACAUCGGGUGUGGUUAAGGUAACUCAAGAUAAUGUUAAGGCAAGUUACUCCA